AUGGCGGUUGAGGCCACGUCAUCCAUCCUGCAGUUCGCCACGUGGCAGAGCUCCGUUGACGUGUCGUUUUGGGAAAAACUCGCGUCGCUGAAGGUCGACUCGCAAGGACUGAAAGAGGAAGACGUGGCAAUUUAUGGUUUCUUCACGCCGUCCUCACACUCUCAGCUCCCCUCCUUCCUCUCCCUCUCCUCCGCCUCGUUUCCCCCUUCCCCUCCCCCACCUCCUCGGUUCCACCUCAUCCAACCGAUUGAUGCCACCCAUGCUACUGCCGUCACCACUGCUGACGUGAGCACCCGCCCCUCUCCUCUCCGUCUCCCGCCCGUCAGUGUGCUACCAUCGCCCACCUCCCGCCCCAGCCUCCCCUCAGCUUUGGCAGGAUCUUCUAUCCGGCAGGGCAUGAAAGCACUCUUCUCUCCUCCACGCAUUCUUCCUCCUUGUCUAUCCGGCACCAAGCACUUAGAGGGUCUUUCCUCUUCCCUCUCUAUGCCUCCUCCUCCCCUCCACGUCACCAUCCCUCAGCUGUGGCACAACAUGCUAUCUGGCAGGGCAGAGCGUCUCUUGUCUCUCCUGAACGCUUUCUUCCUCCUCGUUUAUCCGGACAUCAAGCACUGGCACUUCCUCUCCUCUCUCUGUGCCUCCUUCCCCUCUGCCCCUCCUCCCUUCAGCUGUGGCACGCAUGCUAUCUGGCAAGGCAGAGCACCACCCAUUUCUCCUUGA